GUGGAACGCCGCGACGCCCAACGUUCCGUCCCUGGGACUUUCGGCGCUGUGAUUGGUGCAACCGAGAAAGAGCGCGCGUGUGUACUAGGCUAGUUUCUCGCGGAUCCCGGAAGGGCGCGUUGGAGGCUUUGCUGGAUAGAGCCACGUCCGCUUGCAGAGCCGUAGGGAAAUGCACAUCUGUAGAGAUGGAUUUUGAAGCAAUUUCGAAGUACUCAAAGCUGCAUGCCAAACCUCCAGGACUGUCCCUUCAGUAUGGAACAGCUGGUUUCCGUACUAAAGCAGAGAACCUUGAUCACACGAUGUUUCGCAUGGGCUUGCUGGCUGUGUUGAGGUCCAAGCAAAAAAAAUCCACCAUUGGUGUUAUGGUUACAGCCUCUCACAACCCUGAAGAAGACAAUGGUGCAAAGUUGAUUGAUCCCUUGGGUGAAAUGUUGGCACCUACUUGGGAAGCACAUGCGACACGCUUAGCCAACGCAGAAGAACAUGAAUUGCAGUGUGUGCUGACUGACAUCUGCCAGAAGGAAGGUGUGGACCUUCAGCAAGAUGCCUUCGUUGUUAUUGGUAGAGACACCAGACCUAGCAGUAAGAAACUUUCGCAAUUGGUAACUGUUGGCGUGUCUGUUCUUGGAGGUCAUUACCAAGAUUACAGCUUGUUAACAACACCACAGCUACACUACAUGGUCUGCUGUCGAAACACUUGUGGGAGUUAUGGGGCUGCGACAGUUGAAGGUUACUACCAAAAACUCUCCAAGGCUUUUGUGGAGCUUACAAAGCAGGCUACCAGCCAAAGGGAUGGCCAUAUGUCUCUGAAGAUAGAUUGUGCAAACGGCAUAGGGGCUCUCAAACUCAAAGAAAUGGAACGCUAUCUUCCAGGCUGCUUCGUAAUGCACAUCGACAAUGAUGGCACUAAAGGGGAACUCAAUCACCUAUGUGGUGCCGAUUUUGUAAAAGUUCAUCAGAAACCUCCUGUGGGAUUGGAAAUGAAGCCUAGUGAGAGAUGCUGCUCAUUUGAUGGUGACGCUGACCGAAUUGUUUACUACUACAACGAUGCUGCUGGCCAUUUUCAUCUUCUCGAUGGAGAUAAAAUAGCAACUCUAAUCAGCACUUUCCUUAAAGAACUUCUGGUCAGGGCUGGGCAGACCUUAUCGUUUGCAGUCAUACAAACAGCCUAUGCCAAUGGGAGCUCUACGCGUUAUUUGGAAGAAACCAUGAAGGUGCCUGUCCACUGUGCCAAAACAGGAGUGAAGUACCUGCAUCACAAGGCUCAGGAAUUUGACAUUGGAGUUUAUUUUGAGGCAAACGGUCACGGCACAGUACUGUUCAGUAAAGCUGCAGAAGAGAAGAUUAGAUACCAGGCGAAAGAGGAAAAAAACAACCAAAAAAGAGAAGCUGCAAAGAUGCUUGAAAACAUGAUUGACUUGAUAAAUCAGACUGUUGGUGAUGCUAUCUCAGACAUGCUAGUGAUUGAAGCCAUCUUGGCUCUGAAGAACUUCACGGUACAACAGUGGGAUGCCAUGUACACAGAUCUUCCCAACCGGCAACUCAAAGUGAAGGUUGCUGACAGAUGCAUAAUUGACACUACGGAUGCUGAAAGACGAGCAGUCACACCCCCAGGGCUGCAAGAGAAAAUUGAUACCCUUGCCAAGACGUUUAAAUUGGCUCGAGCUUUUGUUCGCCCAUCUGGAACGGAAGACAUUGUCAGAGUCUAUGCUGAAGCUGACACACAGGAAAAUGCAGAUAAACUUGCACACGAAGUCAGCCUGGCUGUCUACCACUUAGCUGGGGGAGUUGGAGAACAGCCCAAGGCUGUAGUAUGAUGAAGCACAAAUCUUCAAGCUCAAUCUUUAACCACCCCUUUGCCAUAUAAACCUUUACUAAGUGACUCCAAAUUAAUGUUGAUUAUUUAAAAAAGGUUCCUUUAGACGUGGGUUAGCUGCUUACUGUCCUUUCUGUGAACUUUAUCGGAUCACUGCUGUUUUAAACCCGACUAUUUGUCAAAUAGAAGAUAAUAAAAUUGAAUUUUGACAAUCA